AUGGCUGCUCCACUUAAUCUAGAAGAAGGUCAGUCUUCAACAAGACCUCCUCGUUUCAAUGGACAUUUCUACAGUUGGUGGAAAGUUAGAAUGCAUGAUUUCCUCAUGGCUGAAGAUAGUGAGUUAUGGGAUAUUGUACUUGAUGGACCGUUUAUUCCAAUGAUAGAUGAAAAGAAUGGAGAGAAAACGUGUCUUGUUCCAAAGCCUAGACAGAAAUACGAUGAAGCUGAUAGAAAAAAGAUAGAAAAGGGCUACAAGACAGCUCAUGAAGGAACUGAACAAGUCAAAGAAUCAAAGAUUGAUAUGCUUACCUCACGGUAUGAAAACUUCAAAAUGAAGGAAGGAGAAACCAUUCAUGGGAUGUUCACAAAAUUGUCCGCCAUUACUAAUGAGCUGAGAAGUCUUGGUGAACCUAUCAGCAUGAGCAAACAAGUCAGAAAAGUGCUUCGAAUUCUUCCAAAAUCAUGGGAAAGCAAGGUUGAUGCCAUCACAGAAGCUAAAGAUUUGAAGGUUCUGACAAUGGAUGCUCUCAUUGGAAAUCUGAAGACACAUGAGAUGAAUCGAAAUCAUGAUUUAUCAAAGAAGGAAGUCAAAAAGGAUAAGUCAUUAAUGCUGAAGUACAAAUCAGAUGAAGAUUUCAGUGAUGAUGAUAUGUGUGGUAAAGCUGGACACUUUAUUAGAGAGUGUUCUCUGCUCAAAAUUGAAAACAAGGAACAUCAAAAACCAAGAAGUGACAAAGAGAAGAGAAGGGACCUGGUACUCGGUAAGAGUGAUCGAAAGGUUGCUGCUGACUAUGUGGUCAAAAAGGCGCUUGCUACAUGGGGUGACUCUUCAAGUGAUUCUGAAGAUCGUGAUGAACCAAAUGAUGUGUCUAUGGUGGCUGUGCAUGAAGAGGAAACCAUUUUCAAUGAAAUAGACAUCAUGAAUGCUGAACUUGACAGUUUAACAGAAAACAAAGUUAAAUUGGAGGAGAAAAUGUCAAAAAUGGUGUCUCUAAAGUUUGAUAACACUGAACUUAAAAACCAGUUGAAUCAGAUAACUGAAGAAGCUGAAAAGCUAAAUGGAAUGUCAAAUGGUUUACAAGUUGAAAUUCAAGAAAAAUUGAAAAGCUCUGGAAAAAAUCUGGGAUUGUCCUUGGAGAAGAGAAACAAAUUAGAAAAGGAUAUUGUCAAACUUAAGGAAGAACUUGAAAACUCUCUUAAGUGGACAAAAUCCUCUAAAUUGUUGUUAAAUGCAACAAACCAGAGUAAUUUCAAUAAGAAAGGACUAGGAAGUUUGAAUAUCACUCCUCCUUUUAAUCAUCACAGUAAGUAUGUGUUUGUGUCUGACAAUCUGCUUUGUCUUCAUUGUGGUAAAAAUGGGCACUUAAAGGGAGAGUGUGCUGGCUGGAGAAACUCCCAAGAAAGACUCUCUAAUUAUGCUGAAAGGCAAAACUUAUGA